UCCCUCCCUCCCUCCCUCCCUGUAGAGCAGAAAUGCAGCAGAGCUUGAUCUGACUUGUCCUUGCUGCUGGAAGUGUUUUCUUGCUCCUCGGAACUUAUUUGGGUGCCACACUCACGCUGUGAUAUGGCCGUUUCUGUUUCUCUCCAGAUUCUGGGGCUCAUCAUGCUCGCAGCAAUCCUCCUGCAGACCAUCGCAGUUGCCGUCAGUUUUGUGUACUUCAACAAAGUUCUGAGCACGAUGCAGGAGAGUUUCUCCCGCAGUAGCGUGUCCUGUCUGAUCAACGCAAAUCUGCGCUCUGAAGUCGAAGAUUCAGCCGAGGACAAGAAGAGGGACCCCUGCUGGCAAGUCACGCAACAGCUCCACUACCACAUAGAGAAGACGAUGGCUGACAGAUUGCAGAAGGAGAUAUCUACUGCUAUGAAAAAUAAGCUGACGGGAGUGUUACCAUUCCUUAGCCCGGGGGUCCCUCUCCCUAAAGUUGCUGCCCAUGUGACCGGUAUCAUCUCGCCCACAGAGCCUCCAACAGCAGAUGUCCCUCGGAGCAGAAGGGGGUACCUGGGGGAGCGAAUCAGAGCGUGGGAAGGCCAUAGAGGUCUGUCCUUCCUGCAGAACAUGGAGCUGAGGGGAGGAGAGCUGCUGGUGCCCAGAGCAGGUCUCUACUACAUCUAUGGCCAGACCUACUUCAGACUGCCCUCCACAGGGGAGACAGAUGGGGAGGCAAAAGAGGAGGAAGGAGCACAGCUUAUCCAGUAUAUCUACAAGAAGAUGAGUUCCUACACGGUGCCCAUCCUGCUGAUGAAAUCCUCCCGGAGUGCCUGCUGGCCUCGGGGUCAAGAGCCUGGUCUCUUCUCGCUGCAUCAGGCCGGUACUGCCUUUCUACAGCCGGCUGACCGCCUCUUCAUCACCGUUAGCAAUGCCAGCGCCAUGGAGAUGGACGGGAGGGCGAGCUACUUUGGGGCCUUCCUCGUCGGCUAAAGAGAGAAAACAUUCCGGGUUGAAGUGUCCGGGACUGGGAUGACUUGAUAUAGACUUCGACAAAAGUGAACCCAAAUGUCAGGGGUUUGCUGUAUAAUAGCAGCUGCUAGAGGGUACAGGAUUGAGGAAGAAGACUGAGGAGUGGAAAGGAUUUCUUCAGGACCAUGGAGCUGUAAGGAUAUGAGGAAACAGAGCUGCAGUGGCAAACUCUCAGCUGCCAGAAGGAGGAAGAGCCAUUGCUGUGCAUUUACUCCAGCAGAUACCCUUAAACCUAACACAGGUUAUUGAUUCUGUUUUUCAGGCUAGUUAACAGGAUGUACCGUGUGACAACAUGGAUUAUGUGGUGCUUUCAGAAUAGAGGAGGCCUUUGGAGAAGUACAAUACAAGCAGAUUAAAAGUUGUGCUCAUGUGUGGAUGACUUGUAUUGAGGACAGAGAGCUGUUUUGCUUGCAGGUCAAGUUGUCAUCGUCAGGAUAUGACCGUGCGAUUGGGAACACAACACUUGUCUUCUAUGAAAAAUAAGUAUCAAAAAAUGCCAAUGAAUCUUCUGUUUACAGUACUUUUGGUUGAAUUUCCUCUUUGUGCGAAGUCUUGUUAUAAAUGUAUCGCGUGACACAGAUCAAGAUGUCCUGCGGGCUUGAAGAGAAGCACUGAUCGAGUAUGAAUGGACUGAGUAUUAAGUGUUUUCUGACACAUUAACGCUUCUAUAUCCAAUGGAUACCAAUAAACAUUUUGUAAUGCUGGUUAAAUUCAUUUACAAAUGGUUGCUAUAAAGAUUAAAUGUAAAAAUA